UAAUUAACAAACAGAAAAGCAACAACAAAAGGAGAUUAAAAGAGGAGCUACGGGUAAGAUGAUAUCCUUAAGAAUGAAAGGGCUUGGUCAUUGCCUAGUUUAUGUCGUGGUCUUUAGUGUCAUUGCGGCUAUAGUGACAGCAUACGACUCACCCUCUUCAACACCACAAUACACUUCCCCUUAUCCACCUAAAAACUAUUCUCCUUAUCUCUCAGAAUCACCCCCACCCCCACCACCACAAUAUAGAAGACAAGAGCCUAAGUACACACCACACCCAGAGCCAAAUGUCUACGAUUCCCCGACACCUCUACCAUAUUACUUUCCUUUUCCUAAACUAGACAUCAAGUCUCCACCACCACCAUCCGUCUACACCUUCUCACCACCUCAACUAUAUUACUCCCCUUCUCCUAAGGUAGAGUACAAAUCUCCGCCGCCACCAUACGUUUAUAGCUCUCUGCCACCUCUAACAUAUUAUUCUCCUUCUCCGAAGGUAAUCUACAACUCUCCACCACCACCAUACAUCUACAGCUCCCCACCACCUCCCCCUUACUACUCCCCUUCUCCUAAGGUUGACUACAAAUCUCCACCACCACCAUAUGUCUACAGCUCUCCACCACCUCCUCCAUACUACUCCCCUUCUCCUAAGGUAGAGUACAAAUCUCCACCACCACCAUACGUCUACAGUUUUCCACCACCUCCUCCAUACUACUCCCCUUCUCCUAAGGUUGGAUACAAAUCUCCACCAGCACCAUAUGUCUACAGCUCUCCACCACCUCCCCCAUACUACUCCCCUUCUCCUAAGGUUAACUACAAAUCUCCACCACCACCGUACGUCUACAGCUCUCCACCACCUCCCCCGUACUCCCCUUCUCCUAAGGUUGAAUUCAAAUCUCCACCACCACCAUACAUCUACAACUCUCCCCCACCUCCCUCAUACUACUCUCCUUCUCCUAAGAUUGACUAUAAGUCUCCACCACCACCAUAUGUUUACAGCUCUCCACCACCUCCAACAUAUUAUUCUCCUUCACCAAGGGUAGACUAUAAGUCUCCACCACCACCAUACGUAUACAACUCACUUCCACCUCCAUAUGUAUACAACUCACCACCACCUCCACCGUACUAUUCUCCAUCUCCAACGGUAAACUACAAAUCUCCACCACCACCAUACGUAUACAACUCACCACCACCUCCACCUUACUACUCUCCUUUUCCUAAGGUAGAGUACAAAUCUCCACCGCCACCAUACAUCUAUAACUCCCCACCACCUCCACCAUACUAUUCUCCUUCUCCGAAGAUAACCUACAAAUCUCCACCACCACCAUACAUCUACAAGACACCUUAUUAUUGACUCUUGAAUGGCUUCGUAAACAUGUAACAUGAUUGCAAUCAUGUAUUUUCCUUAUUUGUGUCUUUAUUCUUUAUUGUUGUACUUUUGUUAUCUUCUUAAGAUUUCAUUUCACCAAUAAAUCUUUGCUAUAUUGAAAAUGCACUUACUGUAUACUUCCAACUGAGUUGAAAUAUAUAAUAUUUUUUAUUUUGCUAUCUGAUUACGGGCCAUUCUUAAAUCUU